AUGUUUGACCAUAUGAAUGCUAAGGUGAAUGUCCUUUACCAAAAGAUUGAUAGUUUCAGCAUCACACCUUCCACAUCUGUUACUCCUACCCUUGUUGCUUCUCUUUCCCCCGCUACUCUCUAUUGUGAGAUAUGUGGAGUUAAUGGGCACACUGGUAGAGUUUGCCAAAUGAUCCUCGUCGGAGGAUCACCUCAAGAAAAUGCCAACUUUGUGAACAAAAACCAGCAGAAUAAUCCAUACUUAAACACCUAUAACCCAGGGUGGCGCGAUCACCCUAAUUUCUCCUAUAGGAACAACAACCUCCAACAAGCUACGGAACCGCGGGGUUUCCAGAAAGCUACACUGAUCGAGCCUAAGAAAUCCAACCUAGAACUUUCGAUGGAAAAAUUCAUAGAGGUUGAAGAGAGUGUGCCAACACCACCUAAAAAGGAGCUUGUUGAAGAGGUUGAGAAGGAAAUACCUUAUGUUUCCCCUCCUCCCUACGAACAUAUUGUUCCUUUCCCACAAAGGCUUGUGAAAUCCAAGGUGGAGGCCCAGUUUAAAAAAAUCCUAGAACUUCUCAAAAAGAUCCACCUUAAUGUGCCUUUCGUUGAGGCACUAACUCAAAUGCCCUCUUAUGCUAAGUUCUUAAAAGAGAUUCUUUCCAAUACAAGAGAGAUAAAUAACCAUGAAACCGUGGAUAUGACUCUUGAUAGUAGUGAUGUGAUACAAAACAUGGUGAUCCCUAAGCUCAAAGAUCCAGGAAGUUUUUGUACCAUGGACUUUGAGAAAGCACUUUGCAAUCUAAGAGCUAGUGUUAGUUUGAUGCCUUUGCCUGUGUUUAAGUUUCCCAUAAGUGUGUUAGAGGAUGUUCCAGUGAGAGUUGGAGAGUAUUAUGUGUCAUUUUACUUUGUCAUAAUGGACAUUGAUGAGGAUUUCCAAAUCCCGAUAAUCUUAGGUAGUCUUUUCUUAGCUACGAUGGGGUCCCUCAUCGAUGUCAAGAGAGGAAAGUUGACUUUCGAGGCAGGAGAAGAGAAUAUUAGAAUUAUUCGAGCAAAGCCUUUGAAGACCACUUCAUUGAGAUAUUCUUGUUGUUUGGUGGACUUGCUAAUUGGUUAUGUUCAAGAGAGCGCACAGAAGCCUCCUCCGACCAAUAAGUUGGAAGAAUGCUUACUUAGUAGCGCUAAAGUUGAGAAGGAUGAUACCAAAUCUUAG